AUGCUCUUCUUCAAACUUUUGACCAUAUCAACCGCUUUCUUUUAUUCAAGCUUUGCGCAUCAUGGACCGCAUCCUAGAGCAAGCAAGGCGGACAUGAUCCGCCGAGGAAAGCUGUCCCAUCACUGCUCAAACCAUGUCGCGCACUUCAACGAGAAGCGAUGGAAACAAAGUCUUGCCAAGCGGGCAGAUUUCACAAACCCAUCUCUGAUGGAAGCACCCUACUACGACACCAUCCAGAAUGGCACCUGCGUUCUGUCCCCAGAGAUCACAAGCGGUCCCUAUGUCUGGCCACGCUCGCAGACCUUACGUCAGGAAAUGAGCGAAGAUCAGCCGGGCAUUCCGCUGUGGUUAGACAUCGGCGUCAUGGACAUGGCGACCUGCGCGCCGCUUGAAGGCGCACUAGUUGACAUUUGGCACUGCAACGCGACCGGAAAAUACUCCAGCUUUACGGAAAUAAAAUCCAUAGGUGAUUAUCAGAAGGAGCACAAUGUCAGUCACGUGGAGUUCGGCGUCGAUGAUAUCCAUACCGACGACACUACCUUCUGCCGCGGAAUGUGGCCAACGGACCAGAACGGCAUGAUGGAAGUGAAGACGAUUUUCCCGGGCUUCUACCCUAAAAGAGCAGUUCACAUCCAUGUGCAAAUCCAUACCGAUUGGUCUGCCCGGGAGAAUGGCACCAUGGCCCACGGAAACACGGUCCAUACAGGAGAGAUGUACUUUGACGAGAACCUCUUGCAGACGGUCUUGGCCGAGCAGCCUUAUGUAUCCAAUACCAGGGUCGAUCGGACCCUAAGCUCCGAGGAUAGCAUAGUUGCUGGGAAUUUUGAGGGCGGUUACAGCCCGAUGGUCUCCGUGGUUCCUGCUGAUGGCGAGGAUGUGACCAAGGGAAUGAUCGGGUAUAUUACUCUUGGAGUCGAUACUGAAGCGGUGAAAUUUAAAACGUGA